AUGUGUCGGGUUAAGAUACUCAGGAGUGCCCGCUACAGCCCGCUCUUUGCCUGCAGGCCUGCUUCACCACUGUUGAGACUGGCAGACCCUUGCCCAUACCAGGUGCAGAGGAUGGCUUCGGGACCCCAGGGCACACCGCCCAUCCACCUGGGGGCGCUGCAGGCCAAUUCAGACCGCUCCCCACAUCGCCCCCUGGUGGAUGUGGUGCCACAUCACUAUUGCAGUCCACCGCCCUGUAGCCUAGAGGAUGUUUCUAGAAGGUACCCUGGGAGGCUAGUGUGCGUCAUCUGGUACGGCCGAAGAUCAAGCUCACGACUGUCCAAGAGGGAGGUCUCCAGUCUGCUAAGUUAUACUCAGGAUCUGACAGGUGAUGGAGAUGGCGAAGGGGAAGACGGGGAUGGCUCUGACACCCCAGUGAUGCCAAAACUCUUCCGUGAAACCAGGACUCGGUCUGAAAGCCCAGCUGUCCGAACCCGAAAUAACAACAAUGCCUCCAGCCGUGAGAGGCACAGGCCCUCCCCACGCUCCACCCGAGGCCGGCAGGGCCGCAGUCACGUGGAUGAGUCCCCCGUGGAGUUCUCAGCUACCAGGUCCCUGAGGCGGCGGACAGUAUCCUUGGCAGGCACACCGUGGCCGUCCCCCGCCAGCCCCUACCUCACCAUUGACCUCACAGAUGAUGAUGUGAUGCCCCAGAGCAGCAGUACCCCCUACGCCCGCCUGGCCCAGGACAGCCAGCAGGAGAGCUCGGAGUCCCCGCAGGUGGACGCGGAGGGGACAGAUGCCGACAACACCGAGUAUCAGGAUGGGAAGGAGUUUGGAAUAGGGGACCUUGUGUGGGGAAAGAUCAAGGGCUUCUCCUGGUGGCCUGCUAUGGUGGUGUCAUGGAAGGCCACCUCUAAGCGACAGGCCAUGUCCGGCAUGCGGUGGGUCCAGUGGUUUGGUGACGGCAAAUUCUCCGAGGUGUCUGCAGAUAAGCUAGUGGCCCUGGGGCUGUUCAGCCAGCACUUUAACCUGGCGACCUUCAAUAAGCUGGUGUCUUACAGGAAGGCCAUGUACCAUGCUCUGGAGAAAGCCAGGGUGCGGGCUGGCAAAACCUUCCCCAGCAAUCCUGGUGACUCCUUGGAGGACCAGCUGAAGCCCAUGUUGGAGUGGGCCCACGGGGGUUUUAAGCCCACCGGGAUCGAGGGCCUCAAACCCAACAACAAGCAACCAGAGAACAAGACCCGAAGACGCACAGCCGAUGACUCGGCCACCUCGGACUACUGCCCCCCACCCAAGCGCCUCAAGACAAACUGCUAUAACAAUGGAAAAGACCGAGGAGAGGAGGACCAGAGUCGAGAACAAAUGGCUUUGGAUGUUAGCAACAACAAGGGUAGCCUGGAAGAUAGCUGUCUGUCCUGCGGUAGGAAAAACCCUGUGUCCUUUCACCCUCUCUUUGAGGGUGGGCUCUGCCAGACAUGCCGGGACCGGUUCCUCGAGCUGUUCUACAUGUACGACGAUGAUGGCUAUCAGUCCUACUGCACUGUGUGCUGUGAGGGCCGAGAGCUGCUUUUGUGCAGCAACACGAGCUGCUGCCGGUGCUUCUGUGUGGAGUGCCUGGAGGUGCUGGUGGGCACAGGCACGGCAGCAGAUGCGAAGCUGCAGGAGCCCUGGAGCUGCUACAUGUGCCUCCCACAGCGCUGUCACGGCGUCCUGCGGCGCCGGAAGGACUGGAACAUGCGCCUGCAGGCCUUCUUCACCAGCGACACGGGGCUCGAAUACGAAGCCCCCAAGUUAUACCCUGCGAUUCCCGCAGCCCGAAGGCGGCCCAUUCGAGUCUUAUCCCUGUUUGAUGGAAUUGCAACAGGGUACUUGGUCCUGAAAGAAUUGGGCAUCAAAGUGGAGAAGUACGUCGCCUCCGAAGUGUGUGAAGAAUCCAUCGCUGUUGGAACUGUCAAGCAUGAGGGCAACAUCAAAUAUGUGAAUGACGUCAGGAACAUCACAAAGAGAAACAUUGAAGAAUGGGGCCCCUUUGACUUGGUGAUUGGUGGAAGCCCAUGCAAUGAUCUCUCAAAUGUGAACCCAGCCAGGAAAGGCCUGUACGAGGGCACCGGCCGGCUCUUCUUUGAGUUCUACCACCUGCUGAAUUACACACGCCCCAAGGAGGGUGACGACCGGCCCUUCUUCUGGAUGUUUGAGAACGUGGUAGCCAUGAAGGUCGGUGACAAGAGGGAUAUCUCUCGUUUCCUAGAGUGUAACCCAGUGAUGAUCGAUGCCAUCAAAGUGUCUGCUGCUCACAGGGCCCGCUACUUCUGGGGCAACCUGCCUGGAAUGAACAGGCCCGUGAUAGCAUCAAAGAAUGAUAAACUCGAGCUGCAGGACUGCUUGGAGUUCAAUAGGACAGCAAAGUUAAAGAAAGUACAGACAAUAACCACCAAGUCGAACUCGAUCAGACAGGGGAAAAACCAACUUUUCCCUGUUGUCAUGAAUGGCAAAGAAGAUGUUUUGUGGUGCACUGAGCUAGAAAGGAUCUUCGGCUUUCCUGUACACUACACGGAUGUGUCCAACAUGGGCCGUGGUGCCCGCCAGAAGCUGCUUGGGAGGUCCUGGAGUGUGCCUGUCAUCCGACACCUCUUCGCCCCCCUGAAGGACUACUUUGCCUGUGAAUAG